CGGAGAUUUACCUCAGCUCCAAAAGGAAUGACGGAGAUUGUUUCUCUCACCAUUUACUAAUGUUUCAAGGAUUUAGGUUCUGAGAAUCACAACUCUUUGUUGUUAAGAAACGUUACCUACUCCCCAAAAAUGAAUUUUAAAGAGCAACUGAUUCACUACCUAUCUGGGAAACUUUGAAGCUUGAAUGACACCACUCCCUUUAAACGCGCUCAGAAAUCAGUUUUAAAAAGAAGAUGUUUGUGCUAUUGGGGGUUUGGCUUUUGAAGCUGGCCUUAAUUUGUAGUGGGCUAGAAGUUCGUCCUAAGGUUAAUGGAGAAGUCGAAACUUAUAUUUCGGCGGUAAAACUGGAAGGUCUUCCAUACACCAAGCGUUCAGUAAACAUCUCAGUUUCCGUGACUGUAAAGUAUGAAAUCACAGGAGUUAAAGAUCCAUCCACUGUUACGUUGUCUUGGCAGCGUAAUGGCGAAGAAAUUUCUGUUAGCCGACGUAAGACAGGUGAUGCACCUAUCCUUUCCGGAGAUUAUUCCUCAGAGACAUUCUCUGACACUACGCAUACUUUGGAAGUUACUUUACAUCUAAAUCAAAAAGGUCCAGUUCCUGGGAAUUAUACUUUAAUUGCAACAAUGGAUGGGGUUACGUCUUCGGGUUCUGGCUUCGCAUAUAGCGCACCUGUUCUUCCAUUAUUCACUAAACCAAAACGUGUUUUGGAGGGUGAUAUCAUGCGGCUGAUUUGUCGUGUCAGUAGUUAUCCUCAGCCAUCUUCAGUUAUAUGGAGUUUUGCAUCGAUACAAGCUAGUCAAAUGGAUGACGACAAUGCAAUUAGUGCAGCUUUUUAUAAUUUGCUUCCUCUGUUGACCAAUGAAACUCACUAUGUUCUGGAAACAAGUGAUGGUGGUACACUGAAUGAUACUCUCCGAUUCUUGGAUUUAAAAGAAAGUGAUAAUGGUCUGUAUGCAUGUAACGUUUCAACUGAACGCGGUUCUGAUUUCGCCUUGAUGAUUGUCAAUGUUAAAGAUCGUUGGGCAGCUCUUUGGCCAUUUAUUGGAAUUAUUGUUGAAGUUACUAUUUUAGUUGUCGCUAUCCUAUUAUAUGAACGUCAUCAAAUGCAUUCAAAGCCAACUAAUCUUAGCGCCAAAUGUGAUACUACUAGUGGUGCUGGUGCAGUUUCUGGCCAAGAUAAUGUAUCAACAGUACCUAAUAAUAAAAUUCAAGCCAAUAAUAAUAAUACAGGUCAAAAUAAUCUUACAAUUCCUGUUCAUGCUGGUGAUGUGAAUACUGAAAAUCUUGAUGGAAAUGUUGAAGAAAGAGACCAAAAAGUCGAUGAGAUUCGUUUACGUGCACAUGUCAAAUAAUGAAUGAUUCAUGAAUUAAGCACCCAUAUUUUAUUUCAUCGUAACAAAAACCACAACAACAACAGCUAUCCUGGUUAAUGUUAUUCAAUGCGUAGAUGCACACAAUAAUGGCUGGUGUAAUUAUUAAAUAAUCUGCUCAUGUCUGCAUAGUUUUAUUCAGCACAGUUGAGUUGCUGUUUUUUUCCUAACUAUGUGCAUAUUAGUCUCAUUAUCAUUUUAUUUUCUACUCGUUUUUUUUUCAACAAAAAAUAAAAUAAUCAUUAGAAUCUCACUUUAGUUAAGAUUUUUUUUGAUUUAUCUGUUUCUCAAUACCUCCCCCUCCCCCCAAUUUUUUACUCACUCUCAUAUGGACCUACACAUUUUCCGUUGUGUGGUUCCGACAUUUGUUCAAUAAUCAUUCAGUUGAUUAUAACAUUGUUUCAGCUCAUUGAUCAAUCCGUUAAUCGGUCCAGCUAGCCAACAAUGCACGUACGUACAUAUGUUUAUUCUAUUCAAUUCAUUUCCACAACAACAAAAAACACAUUUCAAAUCAAUAGUUUUUGUCUUAAUAAUUUGAUAACGCAUAUUAUUUUAUUUUUGUUCUCUAUUUGACCCUCAUCUUUAAAAAAAUGAUUGUCAAUAAUGGUCUUUUUUUUUUAAAAAAAAGAAAGUAUAGAUCACCAUGGUUUUUUAAGUAAGUAACGUGAAUGUUUUAUUAUCAUUAUAGAAAGUUGAUUGAAAUUUUCUCGUUUCAUCAUUUGUUUGUUUUGUGAUUAUAUUAUUGGUUUAAUACCAAUAGUUAUAAUAAGCCGAAAACAAAGUUUAAACAAUAAAAAAAAACAUUUAAAUUUAUUUUAUAGACAAAUAUAAACACUGGUUGAUGUGCAUGAACUUAGUAAUAUAAAGUAACCUAAAUGUUAUUGAUUUAAAGUUUGUGAAAUUGUAAUAUGCAGUGUAUUUGUAAAAAAAAAUUAGAAACACAUAUAGAUAAAGUACGGUCGGUACGUACGGUAUUCAUUGUAUAACGAGUGGUUGGUGAAUGAGUGUGUUUUUUUGUAACCAGCUUAUUAUAUUCGAUUAUGUAUC